AAAUAUAAGAAAUGUAAAGAAGAUGUAAUAUUGAUGUUAAAGACAGUAACUGGGGAGAAAGAGGAAGAGAUUCAAGAGAAUUUAGGAUUUUAUCAGGCGAAUAUCUCGGGAUUAUCAGACGAACUUCAAAAACUUAAAGAGAAUUUAUAUGAAUUAAGUCCAAGGGAGAGGAAAGAAGCUGAAAUAAAAGCUGAAAUGGAAAGAAAAAAAGAGGAAGAGAAACGAAGAAUUGAAGAGGAAAAAAUCCAACAAGAAAUAGAACGAGAGAAACGAAGAGAAAAACGAGAAAAAAUAAUCAAUGAAAUUAUCGACACUGAAAAAAUAUUUUUACAAUAUCUUCAACUUACCAUGGAGACGUUUCUUGGACCUGAGGCAGACAAGGUAAGAUUACUUCACUCUGGUUUUCUUGGACCUGAGACAGACAAGGUAAGAUUACUUCACUCUGGUUUUCUUGGACCUGAGACAGACAAGGUAAGAUUACUUCACUCUGGUUUUCUUGGACCUGAGACAGACAAGGUAAGAUUAAUUCACUCUGGUUUUCUUGGACCUGAGGCAGACAAGGUAAGAUUACUUCACUCUGGUUUUCUUGGACCUGAGGCAGACAAGGUAAGAUUACUUCACUCUGGUUUUCUUGGACCUGAGACAGACAAGGUAAGAUUACUUCACUCUGGUUUUCUUGGACCUGAGACAGACAAGGUAAGAUUACUUCACUCUGGUUUUCUUGGACCUGAGACAGACAAGGUAAGAUUAAUUCACUCUGGUUUUCUUGGACCUGAGGCAGACAAGGUAAGAUUACUUCACUCUGGUUUUCUUGGACCUGAGGCAGACAAGGUAAGAUUACUUCACUCUGGUUUUCUUGGACCUGAGACAGACAAGGUAAGAUUACUUCACUCUGGUUUUCUUGGACCUGAGACAGACAAGGUAAGAUUACUUCACUCUGGUUUUCUUGGACCUGAGACAGACAAGGUAAGAUUACUUCACUCUGGUUUUCUUGGACCUGAGACAGACAAGGUAAGAUUACUUCACUCUGGUUUUUUCUUGGACCUGAGGCAGACAAGGUAAGAUUAAUUCACUCUGGUUUUC